UGAAGCAUAGAGAGUUCCCUUCCACUUUCUUCCUUGUUUCUUUUAAGAUAUUUUUGGUCACAUAGUUUAUGGUCUGCCUCUGCGUAGUGCUUCAACAGCCCCCUGCUCGCUCGAUCAUCUUGAUUAUUUUUUAAGCCUUUUAAAUGCCCAACAUCUUGUUCUUGAUGUUUGAGAUUGAUGUAUCCAAUUCUUAGUGAAAUCUUCUUUUCCGGGUGUAUGAUCAAUUCUACUGUGAGACGACGCAGGACCCAUUUAGUUCAAUCCUUCUCCGUUGCUUUUCUUUACUGGCUCUACUACGUUUCAUGAUUUCUAAUUAUUAUUAAUUAAAUAAAAGCCUAUUAUAUCUCUUCUUACAUAUUUUUAUCUGGGUCUGGGUCCUGCGUGGUCCAUUUUUGUUUUUGUUAAGUAUUGGUUACUACUAUGACUAUGGCUUGUUCAAGUGGAACAUCUUCAGGGACGUCGUCGGAGCUGCAGGGUAUGAUGGAUCAGAGGAAGAGGAAGAGAAUGAUAUCGAACCGCGAAUCGGCAAGGCGAUCUCGAAUGAGGAAGCAGAAGCACUUGGAUGAUCUAGCAUCGCAGCUGACUCAGCUCAGGAGCCAGAAUCAGCAGCUUCUCACGUCUGUGAACCUCACCAGCCACAAGUACUUGGCGGUGGAGGCUGAGAACUCUGUUUUGAGAGCACAAGUGAACGAGCUCAGCCACAGGUUGGACUCUCUCAACCAGAUCAUCCACUUGUUGAAUUUCUUUGAGCCCGAUGCUAGUACUAGUACCUUCUUCAACAACCCUUUCAAUUUCAGCCACCCGAUUAUGGCUUCAGCAGACAUGUUGCAGUACUGAGACAGAGAGAAGAGAGGAGGGGGUGUGAUGUUUGUUAGGGAAUUCAUAUCAUAGAGCGGGUAAGCCUGCUUGUUGGGUGCCGCUUCUGUAGUCUUCCAGAUCACCCUAUUAUUGUUGCAACUGUACUUCCCUAUAUUAUUAGACUUGUAUUAUUUGUCAUAUGAGACCAAGUCAUAUAAUUUGCAUGUAAUCUUAGUGUCAAUGUAAAAGAGUUUAUGAAAGUGGGUUUCGAAUUUUUAACCAAAA